AUGCAAGCUGAAGGGACGCCAUCACAGGUCGUUGUUGUGGUUGAAAGCGGGACAUCUAUCAUCGAUGGUUUGGAGAGUUGUGCAACGGCUUCAAGCAGUCGAGACCUGCUCGCUUUUGACAAUAAGUACUUCAAAUGUGAAGUCGGUGUCCUGCAGUUUUCGGAUGGAGCCGCUUUACGUGAUUGGUUUGGGGCGACUAAUCAAUCGCCAUUUAUCGGCGCCCUCGUAAUAAGGUUCGGGGAAAACGACUCUGUUGCGCAUAUUCAAGAAUUGAUUAACGCGAACUGUUUCUACGAUGCUGAACAAAUCUACCUUGUUAUGGACGCUGCAACGACGAUAUCUCCAGUUUUCCAACAAAUUACCGGCAUUAUAAAUCAACAUUGUAUUGAAACUAUUGUGUUGGAUCCGACGGAGGAGAUGAUUGAAGAAGCCGAGGAAAACGGUGAAAAAUAUGGACUACCCCGUCUUUAUGAAGCCCUGCAAAUCAUCGAGUGGCCCGCAAAAACGUUAAAACGAGGUGUAACGAAUUGGGGCGCGCAGGCAUCAUCCACACAAUUUUCCUGCAGAAAGGGCGCUGACGAAUUCGGAGAUUGGGUGCGAUUUACGGAAGACGAUGAA